AUGGGAAAGUCAUCCAAAGAUAAGCGCGAUGCUUACUACCGUCUCGCCAAAGAGCAAGGCUGGCGUGCUCGCAGUGCAUUCAAACUUCUACAACUGGACGAGGAAUUUAAUCUAUUCGAAGGAGUUACUCGCGUAGUCGACCUUUGCGCCGCACCUGGAAGUUGGAGUCAAGUCUUGUCUCGUGUUUUGAUCAAGGGCGAGAAAAUUGGACGAGCUGGCUGGGAGGACAAGCAAGCUAGAGAAAAGCUUGAGUUGCAUGGCCAAACCACAUCCAUCUCUGGACACAGGCAUGAACAAGAAGCAAAGCAGCAACUACAACCACGAGAAAAUGUCAAGAUUGUGGCUAUCGAUCUGCAACCGAUGUCACCCCUGGAAGGCAUCGUGACUAUGCGUGCAGACAUUACACACCCUUCGACCAUCCCAUUGUUACUCAAGGCCCUGGACCCGGAGACUUUCGACCCUACCUCUGUGCAAGCAUCUCACCCUGUGGAUCUGGUGAUCUCGGAUGGCGCACCUGAUGUCACCGGUCUGCACGACCUCGACACAUAUGUACAAUCACAACUACUGUGGGCAGCGCUAAACCUUGCGCUUUGUGUCCUCAAGCCUGGUGGUAAAUUUGUGGCCAAGAUUUUCCGUGGCAAGGAUGUCGAUCUUCUCUACGCGCAACUCAAGAUUGUGUUUGAGCGAGUGCGCGUGGCCAAGCCAAGGAGUAGUCGUGCAAGCAGUGUGGAGGCAUUCGUCGUGUGUACAGGCUUCCGCCCACCGAAGGGCUUCAAGGCCAGUCUGGAGAACCCUCUCGGCGCAGGUACACAACUGCAAGUACCUGAGGAGAUGAAGCUUGAGAAGACUCUGCCAUCGCGUACGUUGAGACCAGACGGUAUCACCGAGUUGGAGCUUGGCUCUGAAGACGAAGAAGAGAGCAAAGACAUCAGAUGGAUUGCACCAUUUUUGGCCUGUGGAGACCUCUCGGCCUACGACGCAGAUGCCUCAUAUCAUCUACCUAAAGACCAUGUUGUGCUGGACCCUGUGCAACCACCGACUGCACCGCCAUACAGAAAAGCUUUGGAGAUGCGCAAGACUGCCGGUGGAGCCUACGGCAAAACGAAGCUGGGUUGA